AUGGCCACGGCCGCAGACCGCCAGCUGGACGAUAUAGCGCCGGUGCAGAAGCGCAGGGGGUGGAUCAAGCGGAUGAUGAUGUACUCGGCCGUGGCAGCGGUAGCCGAGAAGGGGAGGACAGCGACCGCCGCCGCCGCCGCUGCCGACGACGCGACGACGAGGACGACGAAGCCGCGGCGAGGCGGGUGGCUGCGGCGACUGAUGGUGCCGCCGCCGCCGCGGGAGCACCGCCGGCAGCGGAAGCUGGGCGGCGGCGGCGGGUCGGCGUCCAGGCUGCUGGCCGGCGGGCUGCCGAGGUGGAAGCGCGUCUCCAUCGGCGGCGGGUGGGCGUCGGCGCUGCUGGACGCCGCCGCGUUCCGCGUCAUGUACGUGGUGGAGGCCGUCGUGCUGGGCCUCGCGCUCUCCUGCUUCUUCUGCUGCUGCGGCUGCCAGAUAUGA